AGAGGAGGGGAGGAGGGGAUGAGCAGAGGGGAGGGGAGACCCGCCGCCUCCCUCCCUCGCUCACUGACUUGCUCCAUCCCGGGCUGCGGCUGCUGCAACCGCGGCGGUGGCGGUGGCGGUGGCGGCGGCGGCAGCAGCGGGAGCAGUUUGGAGGCCGGCGUCGAGGAUUUGCUGCUGUCUCUGCUGCUCUAUCCUUCCCACAGAGGCCCUCUCCCCUCUCCUAUCUCAAGAUGGCAGCCAGCAGCUCUGAGGUCUCUGAGAUGAAGGGGGUAGAGGAGGGUCCCCAGACCCAGGGAGAAGGGCCUGGCCAUUCUGAAGCCGGAACUGGUCCUCCCCAGAUCCCAGCUGGGGUCCCAGAUGAGCCUGAGACCCUGCAGCCAGGCCUAGACAUCACUGGGGCCCCUGUGGACCCAGAGCCCAAGGCUGGGCUGGCUCCAGAAACCACAGAGAUCCCAACCGUGGCCCCAGAAACAGCUCAGGCCAGAGACCUCAGCUCAAACCCAGGAGGGGAAUCAAAGGCCAACUCCAGCACCGAAGAAACAUGCCAAGAGCUAGCAUCCAAACCAGAAGUGAGCAAAGAGGCCACUGCAAACCAGGGGUCCAACCUGGAAUCCGCAGCCCCACUUGAGCCAGCCUCAGAGCCUGCUCCCCAGCUGGACCCCCAGCCGGACCCCCAGCCAGACCCUCAGCCAGACCCCCAGCCAGCUUCCCAGCCCACCUCCAAGCCAGUCCUUCAGCCGGAGCCCCCUACCCAGGAGGACCCCACCUCUGAGGUCCUGACUGAGAACGUGGGAGAAAAGCAGGAGAAUGGGGCAGUGGUUCCCCUGCAGGCUGGUGAUGGUGAUGGGGAAGAGGGUCCAGUCCUCCAGCCUCACUCACCACCCUCAACAAAAACCCCCCCAGCCAAUGGGGCUCCACCCCGUGUGCUGCAGCAGCUGGUUGAGGAGGAUAGACUAGGAAGGGCUCACAGUGGGCAUUCAGGAUCUCCCCGAGGUAGCCUGAGCCGCCACCCUAGUUCCCAGCUGGCAGGGUCUGGGGUGGAGGGGGGUGAAGGCACCCAGAAACCUCGGGACUACAUCAUCCUCGCCAUCCUGUCCUGCUUCUGCCCCAUGUGGCCUGUCAACAUCGUGGCCUUCGCUUAUGCCGUCAUGUCCCGGAACAGCCUGCAGCAGGGGGACGUGGAUGGGGCCCAGCGUCUGGGUCGCGUGGCCAAGCUCUUAAGCAUCGUGGCGCUGGUAGGGGGGGUCCUCAUCAUCAUCGCCUCCUGCGUCAUCAACUUAGGCGUGUAUAAGUGAGGGGCUCUGCCCUGCAUUCCGAGACUUUUUUUCCUGUUGGGAGCUGCCUUGGGCCCAUCCUCCCCUGCGGGGAGCCCAAUCCAUGGCCCAGGCCCGCACCCAUAGGGACCAAGGGAGCCUGAGCGGCCUUGUUUACAGCUUCUUUCCUGCUCCUGCAUCCUGCCAGGCUCCUCUGCCAACCGUAGGCCUCCCUUCUCCCUGCACUGUUUCCAACUUCCCUGCACUCCUGCCUGCAUCCCCUCCAGCCUCUUGGCUUCCCUAUCCCUGCACUUCUGGAAACCUCCUUGCACUUCUGGAAACCUCCCUGAACAUCUCCCAAACUCUCUUUGCUCUCAGCCUCCCAGCAUCUCUCCCCACCUUCCUGCACCACAACCUCCCGAGAAUUUCCUGCACCUCAACCCUGGUCUCCCUUUCCCAACUUUCAUUGUCUCAGCAUCCUCCCUCAUUCCUUUCUUCCUUCUCUCCUUAUUCAUCUCCCUUUUCCUCUCCACAUCCUCCACCCCCUUCCUCUUCCUGCCUCCUCAUCGCCCCUCAGCAUCCUCCCCUCCACCCUCCUCCACCGUUCAUUCUGCAAAAACUCCAGCACUUAGAUCAGGCUGGGGGAGGGGAGCAGUGUCAGGAGAGGGCUCCCUAGCCCGGGCUCCGACUGUUCUCAGCUGGGACCACCCAGGUCCGGACGCCCCCAUGGUGCCUCGGGGUCGCAGCGCUGGCAAGACAGGCCUCGUUUGGAGACUUGUGCAGGGGUGGCCAGUACUGUUCCGAACACGCACCUGGGAGAAGGGAGGGGCGCUGCUGUUGACCCUCCCCGGUCAGCCUGAGUUGACCUUCCCCACCUGGGCUUUUUAACCCAGUCAGAGAACUCGUUGGGGCUGGGGUCAUUCACGUGCUUUGUAACGAAAGAACCCAAAAAAUAGGACCAAAGCUCCCAGCUGCAGGGAGCAAGGGAGGGGCGGAGAGGUCUAUGAUUAUUUUUUAAGAGGACGAGAGAGGUUUGGGGGGCGGGGACAGAACCACAACGCGGUUGCGAGUUGGCGGGGUCUUUUUUCCCCCUAAAAAAAGAAAAGUGUAGGGAAAAAACCUAAAAGUCUAAAAGCAAAACAAAACAAAAGGAUACGCCAAACAGAUUCUCCCUUUUUGUAUGCCGGAUGCUGCAUGAGUCUGAAACACCAAUAAACGGAGACUGCAUGAGACUCGC